AUGCGGAAAGCAAAUUAUUCCAAGACGGAUGCAGUUAUAAAUGGGUAUCUAACACUUUCAAUUGCUGUCAUUAUUUCAGACAUGUUAUCUCGUUUUCAGGAGAACCAUGCCGCAGAGACCCUUCCCCCGGCUAGUGGGCGACCUCUCCAGCCAGCUCUGAUUGAGGACAAGGCAGUCACACCCGCAGCGAGCCCUCCCAGAAACCGGGCUGGCCUGGCCUUAGGAAGGGGUAUGGCCCUGACAGCUAUGAGGCAGGAGCACACCUGGGCUCUCCAACUCCCUGCAGCCCUCUCCCAUGCCUUCUCUAAGCCGAUGGCAGCCAAAGCAGAGUUCCUUGGUGCGCAGUUCCUAGCCAAUCGAAACCCAGCGCCACAAAAUGAGAGCCCAGUGAGCCGGCCGCGCCCUCGCCCAGCCUUCUCCCACGCCCACCAUGAACCAGUUGGAGGGCUCCGCGGAGGUGGAGGUGCCCGACGAGGCGGCCGCAGGGGAGGUGAACGAGUCGGUGGAGGCCGACCUGGAGCGCCCCGAGCUUACCGCCAGGAGGCCCUGGGCGCGCGGCUGCACCACUACGACGAGCGCUCGGACGGCGAGUCGGACAGCCCCGAGAAGGAGGCCGAGUUCGCGCCCUACCCGCGCAUGGACAGCUACGAGCAGGAGGAGGACAUCGACCAGAUCGUGGCCGAGGUGAAGCAGAGCAUGAGCUCGCAGAGCCUGGACAAGGCGGACGAGGACAUGCCCGAGGCCGAGCAGGACCUGGAGCGUGCCCCCACCCCGGGCGAGGGUCGCCCGGACAGCCCGGGGCUGCAGGAGCCGGUGGGGCAGCCGCGGGCAGCCGGCCCCGCGGGCAGCGGCGAAGGACAGCGGUACAGCAAGGAGAAAAGGGACGCCAUCUCGCUGGCCAUCAAGGACAUCAAGGAGGCCAUCGAAGAGGUGAAGACCAGGACCAUCCGUUCGCCUUACACUCCCGACGAGCCCAAAGAGCCCAUCUGGGUCAUGCGCCAAGACAUUAGCCCCACCAGGGACUGUGACGACCAGAGGCCAGUGGACGGAGAUUCUCCAUCUCCUGGCAGUUCCUCACCUUUGGGCGCAGAGUCGUCAAGUACACCCCUUCAUCCCGGUGACCCCGCGGAAGCCUCCACAAACAAAGAGUCAAGAAAAAGCUUGGCUUCAUUCCCAACCUAUGUUGAAGUUCCUGGACCUUGUGACCCUGAAGACUUGAUCGAUGGAAUCAUUUUUGCCGCCAAUUACCUUGGCUCCACCCAGCUGCUCUCAGACAAAACUCCCUCCAAAAACGUGCGCAUGAUGCAGGCCCAGGAGGCAGUAAGCAGAAUCAAGAUGGCCCAGAAAUUAGCCAAAAGCAGGAAGAAGGCUCCUGAAGGGGAAUCUCAGCCCAUGACUGAGGUGGAUCUCUUCAUCUCUACCCAGAGAAUUAAAGUAUUGAAUGCUGACACACAGGAGACAAUGAUGGACCACCCUCUGAGGACCAUUUCCUACAUUGCAGACAUCGGGAAUAUUGUUGUGCUGAUGGCCCGCCGGCGGAUGCCCCGCUCGAACUCCCAGGAGAAUGUGGAGGCUUCCCACCCAUCGCAGGAUGGGAAGAGGCAGUACAAGAUGAUCUGCCACGUCUUUGAGUCGGAGGACGCCCAGCUGAUUGCACAGUCCAUAGGGCAGGCCUUCAGCGUUGCAUACCAGGAAUUCCUCAGAGCCAACGGGAUUAACCCGGAAGACCUCAGCCAGAAGGAGUAUAGUGACCUGCUCAACACCCAGGACAUGUACAACGACGACCUGAUCCACUUCUCCAAGUCGGAAAACUGCAAAGAUGUUUUCAUAGAGAAGCAGAAAGGAGAAAUCUUGGGAGUUGUGAUUGUGGAGUCCGGCUGGGGAUCCAUCCUGCCAACCGUGAUCAUAGCCAACAUGAUGCACGGUGGCCCCGCAGAGAAGUCGGGGAAGCUGAAUAUCGGGGACCAGAUUAUGUCCAUUAACGGCACCAGCCUGGUGGGCCUGCCCCUGUCCACCUGCCAGAGCAUUAUUAAGGGCUUAAAGAAUCAGUCCCGAGUCAAGCUGAAUAUUGUGAGAUGUCCUCCGGUGACCACGGUGUUAAUCAGAAGGCCAGACCUCCGCUACCAACUGGGUUUCAGUGUCCAAAACGGAAUUAUCUGCAGCCUCAUGCGAGGAGGAAUAGCCGAGAGAGGCGGCGUCCGAGUGGGACAUCGUAUCAUAGAAAUCAACGGACAGAGCGUGGUGGCCACCCCCCACGAGAAGAUCGUCCACAUCCUCUCCAAUGCUGUGGGGGAGAUCCACAUGAAGACGAUGCCAGCUGCCAUGUACAGACUGCUGACGGCCCAGGAGCAGCCUGUUUACAUCUGAGCCUGCGCCUCAUGCUCCUCCGCAGCGGCAUGCAUGGAGGGCUCUCCUCGUCGUGGUUGUGUUUCUCGUGCUGCAUCUGUGUGUCCACCAAGACAUUUACCUCCCCGCCCAGCAUCUGGUCUCACACAGGAAGAGAAGCAUCCGCAAGGACCUCUCUGCUCUCUGUCUCUUUCCCGCUUUUUUUUCCCCCUUUGAUACCAAGGAAGUUUCCUGUGCGCCUUCUUGAGGAUGGAGAACAGCGAGCGUCCACCUGGGAUCUCCCCAAAACCAUCCUGGAGGUCCUUCGGGGGUCCUGAGCUGGCUGUCAUUGCCAAAGGGAGGUCAUCUCUCCCCAGGAGGCUCAGACCUCAUAGAAGGAGCUCCCAUGGGCAGCGCAGAAGCUGACUUAGCAGUGCCUAAAUCCAGUUGCUCACCUGUGCUCCCCUGGAGUCAUUUGAUGCGAAUGUGGUAGCGAGGGCGCCAGCCCCUCAUCACAGAGGAACACGCACUGCCCAUCGUGGAGUGUGGGGCCCUGGACACUGUUUCCACCCAGAAUUUCUCAGCCACCUUAAACCUCUUCCAUGGCUGCUUUCAGUUUUAACAUGUUUGUGUUCCCACAUGGGCCUUCUCAGCCAAAGCUAAAAAGGGAAAUGCUGGCCUCAGAUGAGGCUACCAGAGCACUGCUGAGAGCCCUUGAUUCACAGGCACGUGAAGCCUCACCAGGUUGUCUGGAAGUUACCAACCAGCAGACGGCCACAGGCACAGCUGCCUCUGUCAUGCACACACAUACAGAGUCUCACUCGUGUGUCACCCCUUUGUCCCACCUGCAGUGAGGCAAGGCCCAUAGCACCUCCCCGGAGAUCCCUUGCCCUGGCCAGCAGUGAGGCUGCAGAGCCCAGUCAGCCUUGUCCUGAGAGGGACGCUCACGCUGGCUGAAGCCUGGGCCUCCCAACACCACCUCGACUUGGAGUGUUCCCCUAGAAGCCAGUGAUGUGGGGGUUCCCGGUACCAUGUUUCCUGUCCUGAGUGGAGACCAUCCUCCUUUUCUGCUGUGAGGGCACUAGAUGGAUAGGCUUGAAAGGCCAGAACAGUCCCUAAGGCAUGAAACUAAGGGGACAGUCAUGACCUCAGGUGAUGCCUAGGUGUCCCCAAAUGUGUUCCAGGAACAUCAGCUUACUGCCUCGUGGGUCUGAGUUUCCAGAUGCUGUGGGACAUUAAGUUUCCAUGAGGUGCGUCACAUUUAUGAUUCCAUCUCAGUUCAGUGCAGGUGUUUUAGUAAUAUUAUUCUGAGCCACUUUUCACUUUUUCUUGGUCCAAAGAGCAUCAUGUGAGGUAUGGUGUUUUUUUUUUUUUUUAUUGUUGUCUUUGUUGUUUUGUUUCAAUCAUGACCUCAGUAGAAACAGGGGAAGAAAAAUUAAUAUAUUUUGUAAUAUUAAUAUAGUCCCUGUUCUCUGCAUUUGCGAUAUUUAUGUUAUGUCUGUAGAAACAGAAAUUCAUUGAGCAAAUGUUGGGUAGGAUAUAUUUAUAAUAGAGAAUGGAGGGAUUUACAGGAAAGAUAAAAGUGAAUAUAACAAGAUUAGGAACAAUGAGACUUCAGCCCCAGAGUGAUGCGGCCAUUACCCUGGGAUCUCUGUAUCUUCAGAGUUUUCUGCACAGAAUCAGAAAAGUCAAGUGCUUGAAAGGAAUUAGCAGCUAAACUCUCAUUUUGGCCACAGUACAAUAAGCUCCGAUGAAGACAGGCUGCCGGCUGCCCAGAUGUCCUGAGAAAGGAAAGGGCAGCUGCUCCCACAGAGAACUGUAUGGAGGGGAGCCAGGACCCCAGCACGUGUUUGAAGGGUGCUUGACAAGUGACCAGCCCAAGGCCAACCCACCACCGACAGGAGGCGCAGGAACUAUGCCCUAGGUUCUGUAUUUGCUUUUCCUGAGUAACCCAACUACAGCUGGCCUAAUAUCAGAAAUAAAUACUGAGGAGUCAUCACCCCAUCUCUCCUCUACCAAGAGAGAGGAAUAACAUCAUACAGGUGGCAUCUCAGGCAGCAGGAGCUUCCAAAAAUCACUUGGACUCAUGCCUGCCUGCUCCCAGGUGGCUACUCGGGCCCAGGCCCAAGGCCUGAACGGGACCGCAUAGGAUGCCAGAGAUCAGCCUGGGGACAGGAACCACACAAGCAUAUCCCACUACAAUUCCACAUGAUUAGUUACGCAUCUCUGCCCCAGGGAGAGAGAAGCAGCUUUCCAUUCCUGUUGCACAAAAACCUUGGAAAUUUUGAGAAGGGCUGCAAAGCCAACUUCCUAAGCUCUCCUAGAGUAAAUUGUUGCUAAAGUGGCUCCUCACUCCCACAGGGAAGGCUGUUGGAGCUUGGAAAAGGCUCACCUGGCUGCAGCAUUUUCUCUUCAGCUAACAUUGGUUAACCUCAGAAUUGGGCUCUCAGGUGUUCGUCACUCCAUGUCCCAAAGUCCCCAGUGGUGGUCUCUCUACCAUUUGACAUCCGCACAUAUAUAUAUAGUUACAUAUGUAAAUAGCUCAACACCCUGCAUCAUGGGGAAGACUGUAUAGAGCAUCCUUUCCCCGAACUGCAAGGCACAAAUCCACUCUGGCCACUCAGCUGGGACAGGCUCCCAGAUCUGCCUCUGCCUUCUCCAGUGGGAGCAUUUCAGGGAGCCACCAUCAGCCUUGGGUCGAUGAGAGGAAGACACCCCAAAGACCAGUACCAGGAGCCCCCUUCCCACGAGACUUCUCCUGCCGGAAGCAGCUCCUCGGGGUGGAGCACAUCCUGGGGCUCUGCGCCCUGCACUGGGGCUGCUUUCCGGGCCCUGCACAUCAACACCGGCCUUCAGGGAGCCCAGAGUAACCUACUACCUCCCCCAUUGCUUCUCCUUUUCCCGCAGCCCCAUCCACGCCUGUGUUCCCUGUCCCUCACUUAUGAAAACCCACCCGCACUGCUCGGGUCCCUCCGCCCAGUGGUGUAGCCGUUACCAAUGUUUACAACCAAGAGCCGCCUCUCCCUGAUGCAGCCACACACCUUUGCAAGGCCACUUGUUGGGCUGUUUCACUUCUGUCUGCUCCUUCCCUGGCUGGGGUCCACUUGAACACACGAUUCUGGUUUUAUUUCCCCCCUCCAUUGAGGCAGUGUGUGAGGACCAUGUGCGAAUGAAAUCUCUUGUACAUACUUAGCACAGCACCUAGAGUAUGGACUUGUAGUACCGUUCUGUAAAGAGGGUGCAAUAGAGCUUAACUAAAGCGUUGGGAAAAGUAUAGUAUUGUAUUUGUAACUAUGGUUCUUUGUAUACGCAAACCUCAAUGAUCUCUCUAUAUAAAUACAAAUAAAUAUAUAAAUAAGAUAUAUCUACACGUGAGCCUGGAAUGUUGACACCACACACCCACUGAAUGUAUUUCCUCUGACAGUCUGGUCACCGUCUAGCCUGCCCUCCCCUUCUCCUUACUGUGGCCACAGUCGUCUGGUUUGGGGUUGUGAUGUAUUAAAUGUGCUAUCUCCUUUAUUUAACUGAACGCUAAUGUCUGUAUAAGAGUUGCUGCAACAAUAAACAAGACUUUCACCUCUUG